CUUAUCCAAAAAAAAGAAAAAAAGACAUCUACAUAUUGAACGGUCCACAUUGCAUACCUGACGAGUCCAAAUCGUCGAUCGGCGUGCUACAAAGGCUUCAAUUUGGAUGAUGGGCUGAGGUCAGAUUACAAAUAUACAACACAUAGCAGAACGAAUUUCCAAAAGGGCUCUGUUACACGGCGUCGUGGGAAAAGGCAGAAAAGGUCGUCAGAUCCCAAUGAGAUUCGUUCAUUCAUUCGUUCAUGUAUUUAUUUAUUACUUUAUGUAUUUAUUUCCUUUCCUCUCUCCCCUCCACACAUUUUUUGAUUCAUUGUGGCUGACUUCAUGACUGAACCACUAGUUAUGGCUUCCUCCCGGGCAAAGCAAAUAAUGUGCAGUCGUUGUAAGAAAAUGAGCGCGGAGGUGUUAGUGUCAAAGCCACACUAUGAUGGCGGAGCGGUGGCUCAGGGGCUCCGGCAGGAGCAAGGGGCCCCUUUAGAGCCGCCCUCGGUCUUAACUACCGCGGGCUUCCGCUCCGCUAAAUACACCCCGGCCGAGUGGUUCUCCGGAUACCGCAGCCUCCUCCAGCAGGCCGGCGCCGACCACUUUACGGCCCAGACCGUCCAGGAAGAGUCCAGGGUCUUGCGCAAGGACACCGAGGCCACCACUGUGAGGACUCAGACGGACGGGACCCGCUUGCUGGGAGAGAGGUUGCAGGACAUCCACCGCUGGAAGUCGGAGCUGCAGGAGCACAUCGGCCGGCUGCUGUCCGACACGACGGCGCUACAGGCGCUCAAGAUGAGGCUGGAGAGGGCGCUGGAUGCCACCGAGACGCCGUUCGCCAUUGCCGUCGACAACCUGACAUGCAGGAGCCGACGACUGGGACCAGACCUGGUCCGGGACUGUGUGGAAGAGGAACUACUCAAGGAAGUCGACUUGAUUAGGAAUGUCCAAGCCCUUCUCAGGAGAACCAUAGACCAAGUUGCUACUCAGAUCAAAUUGAACAGAGAUACCAAGCAGGCGUUGGAGUUUGACUGGUCAGAUAAGUAUGAAGCCUAUGCCUUGGACCUCCAAUGUGGAAGAUUCACCGACAAGAGUACAGACACACAGCACUACCCUAUUACAGCCGCUAUGCUGGAGCAGAUGUCUGAUGUCCCUUCGUGGAUUAAGUUCACACAAGACAACCUUCACAGGGCCUUCCGGGAGGAAAAGGCCUCGAAGGAUCUCAGGCUGGAGCAUUGUUUUAAUCAGACGGUUUGGACCACAACAAACUGACAUCACGGGUGUGCUAACUUUUGUGUACAUGUGUUGCGCAUCAGUGAGCUGGUGCAGCAGGUGCUCCUGGACACCACGAAGGACCUAAGAGUCCAAUGCUCCAACGUGGACCAAGCCUUCCUCCAGCGUUGUGCGGAACAGAUGGAUGCCAAGAUUCAGCUCGAGAUGCAGUUCAAGCAGACCCUGGAGCAGAUUGGCGCUCAGGAGAGGAAUAUAGUGGCUCUGCAGAAGGCCAUCGAUGACAAAGACGCCCCGCAGAGAGUGGCUGAGUCCAGGCUGUACCGCCGAUAUCACAGACCCAACAUGGAGCUCUGCAGGGACGAACCUCAAAUCAGCUUGGAAGGGGAGGUGAGGGAGAUUGAUGCCACUCUGGCAUCUCUGCAGCAGCAGCUGAGAGAUGCCCGCAGCUCGCUGUCCAACCUGGAGGACACCCGCAUGGCACUCGAGAAGGACAUUAUGUGUAAAUCCAACUCGCUGUUCAUCGAAAGAGAGAAAUGCAUGACUCAACGUAAAUUGUACCCGACAAUCUCCACACUCUCGGGGUACUGAACAAAACAUGUUUGCUUUGCCUCGUUUAAGAGAGUCGAGGAUGACAGUACAGUACUGUAUAUGUAAUGGGUUUAUUUCCCAUUUGCAGUGUUAGCAACCACUUAACUGAUUGCUGGAGACGGGCAGAUGUACACUACCCUGCCAAUAAAAAAGUCACUCGUAUUUGUUGGACCGCCUUAAGCUUUGUGAGAGUAUUCACCCAUCGUGAAAUCAAGGAUAACUGUGUAAUGUGUCAGUUUUAACCCGUAAGCCUUUCCAUUUACCCUAGACCAGAGGUGAGGUACUCUGGUCCUUGAGGACCGGUGUUCUGUGUGUUUUUUAUGUCUUAUGGUCCAACACACCAGGACCGGAAUUGCGCAAUCCUGCCCUAGACUCCAGUAACGUUGCUCCUUGCACUCAACACCUGUGGUUGUUCAUGGUGAGGCCUAUUCUUUGUAAAACCUGUCCUGUUUAGCCUCUCUGUGGUGGUCUUGACUCUUACUGCCUCGGCCUAUGUUCAGCGACAAUUUUUGGGUUGUUUGAUGAGUUCUUUAUCAAGAGGCGCAAGAUUG